UCUAUUUCUAUGUAUUUUACCUAUAGUCAUAGCGGCUUCUUCCAUUCGUUUUUUGGUCUACGUUAUGUCGUAUGAAUGAUUCUUAAAAGAAUUGGAGUAUAUUCUAUUUUCGUUAUCUUACGCCAGUACUUACCGAGAACACAGUACUAAAAUUAUAAAGCAAUCGUUAAGAAAGAUUGAAAAAUGGAGCAAGAAUCAAGACGUAAAGGACCAAGGAGCCCUAGUGCAGACUCAGAAGAUUCAUCUCAUAGAAGAAGAUCAAGAAAGUAUGACCGAUCUCCAUCUCCAAGAAGAAGUAGAUAUCGUAGAUCUCGAUCUAGAGAUAGAAGAUCACGUUCUAGUUCUAGAGAUAGAAGAAGAAAAGAUUCUAGUCGUUCACAACAAGAUUGGAAACAACAAACUACAUCUCAGUCUCAAGCUUCUACUCCUAAUCCAGCUAAUACUGGUGGUUAUGUUCCAGCAGUUCAUAAUCAAUAUCAGGCACCUCCACCUCCAAACACCAGUCAACCUCCACCACCUUUGCCUGCUUACAACCAAGGAUAUAAUAACUACAACUAUAAUUAUGGACAAGGCUAUGACUACAGUUACCAGCAACCCACUGGUUAUCGCAGUGAUUAUCCACCACCAAAUUGGCAAGGGAAUCAGGUAGCUUAUAACAAUCAACAGCCACCACCUCCUCCCACACUAACAUCCCAACAAGAAUCGUCAAGACCAAUGGAUAGUGGUACUUCUGGAUUAGUAUCAUCCUUGGCAAGACCAGAAGAUGCCAAGAAGGAAGCAGCGAUCGCAGCGGAAGUAAAGCAACAAAAAGCAACUUUGGCUAAACAACGGGAAGAAUAUGUUAAGAAAUCUACUACGUUACAGCGUGAACUGGAGAUUCUACGACAACAAUGCGAUGAAAUUGGUAAAGAAGGUGGACGAGAGAAUAAUCGUAUUAUAAAAGAAAAUCAAAAGUUGCAGAUUGAAAUACAAAAUAAAAUGAAAUCGAUACAUAACGUAAUCGAUAUGCUUACCGGAAUUAUAGGAGACAAAGCUACUGUCGAUGAUUUGAGAAGCAAGUUUAAAUUAGAAAUUAACAAACGUUCAAGAAGUCCCAAGGAAGACUUUCCGAAAGGAAAAUCGGAAUCACCUGAUAGAUCAUCGGUAUCUGACUCUGACAAGGAAUCCAAAAUUGAAAGAGAUUCGAAAGAACGAAGAUCUCCUGAAGAUUCUAAACCUAUGUACAAUUUCGUACAUUAUGAUCCAGAAAUGCAUUGGUGUAAAGUCUGCGAUAUAUUUCCUAAAACGGCAAAGGAAUAUUUGAAUCAUCUGCAUAGCAAUGAGCACAAAGAAGCUUGCUUAGAACGCAAGAUAGUUGAUAUGCCCUGGCAUGAGCGCAAUGGAGAAGGAACGGAAAAGGAAGUGCCCUAUUAUCCUGGACUACCAACGAAAAGAACACCUAUUAAAGGUUUACAGUUCUUCAGUGCUGCAACGGCAUGGUACUGUAAGCUUUGCGAUUCCUGGAUCGGCGAUCUUCAUUGUGCGAGUUUGCACUUGAAAUCUAAACAACAUUCUGAGAACUAUUCUCGUUUUGUGGAACAAAAUCCACAUUGGGAAACCGAUUGGAUGGCAGAUCGUGAAAAAGCAUUUUCAGAAGAGAAACAUAAGCAGAUACAAAUGGAAUUACAAAAACAUAAAGAUGAUGAUCCACCACCAAAAUCGAAGAAAUCGAAAAAAAGUAAAAAAAAAUCGAAAAAAUCUAAGAAACGAAGAAACAGAAGUAGUGGCAGCGACAGUUCCAGUGAAUCAGAAAAUUCGGAUACAGACUCCGAUCAAGAUAUGUCCAAGAGCAUUCGUGUUGCUAUGCGAAAUAAAAUGAAAGCAUCAACACAAGCGAUACUAAAUGAAGAAAUAGAUUAUCAUCGAAUAAAAUUAAAAGGACAUUGGUCAAAAAUGGCGCAGCAUUUGAAUCAACCACCAACUCCAGAGCCACAACCAGUAGAAACUGAUGACAGACAAUUGUUGAAUUCAAUCAGAGACAAAUUGAAAGCUAAACAAGAAGAAGAAAUGAAAUCAAUUAGUAAUCGAAGAUUGAGUCAAGAGAAGACAAUUGAAGAAGAAGAAGACGAACAGGAACAGACAUCUUUCUCAAACAAAUCAAAACCGGAAAAUUUGGAAGCUUGGGGACCGAAAGAACCUCCAAAACCUUUUUGGAUAAAGAAGGAAGAAGAAAAACCACAACCUAUAGCCAAUAAACCAAUUGAGUUACCAAAACCGGAAGAAAUGCCUAAACCACAUAUGGGAUUCUGGACGAAGCAGCAAGUCAAUAUGACUGUGAAACCGCCGGAAAAUAAGUCUAUGGAAAAAGAAGAUGAAAGAGAACGGGACAGCGAUAGAUAUAAAGAUGAUCGUGAUAGAAAAUAUGAUAGACGAGAAGAUAAAUAUGAUCGUUAUAGUAGCAGGUAUGAAAGAAGACGUGGACGAGAUAGAGAUCGAGAUCGUGAUAGGGAUAGGGAUAGAGAUAGGGAAAGAGACAGGGACAGAGAUAGAGAUCGGGAAAGAGAUUAUUACGAUGAUCGAAGAAAACGAGAUAGUAACGAUUCUCCACGACGCGAAAGAAGUUGGCGUGAUAGUCCAAAAAGGGGUUAUGAUAAAUAUAGUAAAGAUAGAAGAGACGAUAAUUCAUCUAACGACGAGUCCAAGUUUGAAAAGAAAACAAACGAAUCUGCAUCUAAAUCUAAAAAGGGUAAUAUACAAACUAAAAAAUCGGCACCUCAGGUAUCGAAAGGUAAAUUACCUUUCAUUGGUAGAUUACCAUUAUUUAAAAAGAAAGCUGAAGAACCAAAGUUACCUGAAAAAGAUAUUACUCCUCUUCCUUACCAACAAAGUAAAUUUGAAGAUACACCAAAAGUUCCCAAUGAAAUUAUUAAUCCACCUGGUGUGGUACAUAUCACCAAACUUGCAACUCCAAUAAAUUUGGGUAAUAAUAAUGCUACCAACAGUAGUAAUAAUAGCACCAUUAUCGCCGCAGCGAAUAAUAAUAAUAAUGCUAGUAAUAAUACGCUCAAUGCAUCCCAAAACAAUAAAAAUCAACCAAUGAAAAUAUUAGUAGCUCCACCACCACCAGUGUUGAAUGAAACAAAACCUACACAACAAGUAGUUGAUAUGGAAAUUGAAGAUCAAUCUGAGGAAACAGUAAUAGAAGAACCAAUGAUGGAGCAGCAAAAACAAACGCACAGUAUAUCCAAAUUACCUUUACCUCCACAUCCUCCACCUCCUCUAAAUAGACCACCACCAUCUUUCUCAACUACAUCACAGCAGCAGCAGCAGCAACAGCAACAACAACAGCAGCAGCAGCAGCAACAACAACAACAACAACAACAACAACAACAACAAUCACAACAAACAGUGCAAAGCAGACCACAAUUUCCAACAAAUCGACCUCCACCACCAUUUAUGACUAAUCCACCCCCAUUCGUUCAAGGUCAACCACGAUUCCCUCCUCAUCAAACAGUACGUCCACCGGUACAAAGUCAUCCUCCUUUCAUGACGAAUCCACCACCUCAAAUGCCCACUGUACCUCCUUUCGUACAAAAUCAUCAAAAUCCUCCACCACCUCCGCUUCCGACUAUAGAAAAUACUACACAAGAUAUUUCUGAUAUACCGGAACCUGCUGAAAAACGAACUGAUCCAAGCAUUCCUCUGCCUGAUGAUUUGCAAGAAGCACUAAAUAUUAUUUUUCCAAAGGAGGAAACAGAAACGAAACAACAAAAUCAACAAGAAAGUAGCAUUAUGUAUGCAUCAAUGUAUAGUAUGUUAGGGUGUGUGGGAUAUGGGCCAGAGUACAUGGAUCAACCGCCACCAGAAAUUACUCAAGCGGAGACAGAAGUAGAUACUCAACCUGGACCAGAUGAUUUGAAAAUGUUAGGCAUUGAUGAAGGAGAUACAAUUCUAUAAAAUUUUUUAUAAAUUCAUAAUGUUUUCAGCCUCAGAUAUUCUUUUGAUAAGGAUCUAGCGUUAAAAGUCACGUUGAUUAUUUACCCUUUUUCUUUGAAACAAUUGUUAAUUGAAAAAUAAUGAAUUGGUAGUAAUUCCUUGUGGUAAAAUUUAUAUAAGUAUAUUAAAAUCGAAUUGUAUAAUUAUAUAAACUAGUAUUUUAAAUGGGAAAUAGUAAAUGUUUCUCUUUUGCAUAUUAGUGACGAAUCAAUACUAUAGUAUUGCCUCAAUGAAAUAAUAGAAUGGAAUAAUCUUAUGAAAUAUUUACUAUUUUUUAUUGAAUAUACAGCUUUCAUCUAAUUUUGACGAAAAGUAUUUCAAGAUAUACUUAAGAAUUUGCAAAAAUUAAACUGCAAUGUCAUAUAAUUAUUUUUUAAUUCAGGUAUAUACAUAUAUGUAUAUCUUGGGCAUACGUCAAAACUUAAAUUUCUAUUUGUGCAUAAAACUAUUAAAAAUAUUACUUUAGACAUGUAAGUAAUCAAUGUUUUUAAUUAUUGAAAACAUAUUUACAUUCAAUGUUAUUAAGUGCAGUAUAAAGACAGUGUUUAGAAAAAAAUUUAAAGUGUAAAAUUGAUUGAUUUAUAAAUAAUAUUUCAUCAAUAAAUAACGAAAUUAUGUGAAAUAAGACUUGAUGUUAUACAAUUAAGUAAUACAAAAAAACAUUUUUAUUGCCCUAU